AUGGAAUCACUCGAUCCAUGUCGCGAUAGCGGUCCACCUCUGCCAAGGCACCGUUCAGAAUAUCAUUGUUCACUUGAACUCGCGGAUCUUCGGGCAUUUGUGGAAUAUGGUCCCCUUGUAGCUCCACUUUUUCGGGAGGUAAACCCGGGCUUGGACCAUGAAGUGCGGUGGUCGUUACUCAAGCUAGCGGAUCUGGCAUUCAGGGCGAUAGACGAACCGGUUCCCAAGUUGACGAUACAUUUACCCGCUCAGCCGACUCCUGUUGAACCCCAGCCGAGCAAGAAACUCAAACUGAGUCUCAGUCUCGGUGGGAUUAAUUCGAGUAAGUCCCCUAGACGUGCCCAUCCCGUAGAUUGUUUUCUUACCACUACUCUAGGUGCGCCCUCUCCCCGAGUUGGCAAUGAAGUUGCUUCUGUGCAUGAUGUCAAGCCGCCUGAGAGCGCGACUCUCCCAUCGGCCAAGCUAAUUCUCAAACCUCCCAAGUUGCCUUUCGUGGCCACUCCAGCUCCACCACCACCCAAAUCCAAGCCGGUCGCAAGUUGGGCUAAGAGUGGCCUUUCCUCACAGGAGAAGAAGAUGAUUGAAGCCAUCCUGAAACGAAUGAUCGGUCAUCCAUCCGCAGUGUGGUUCUUGCAUCCAGUAGAUCCUAUUAGACAUGGAGCACCAACUUACUUUGAUGUCGUAAAACAUCCCAUGGAUCUUUCAACAAUAUCCUCAAAGUUGAAGAGCGGACAAUAUGCUUCUAGAAACGAUUUCGCUGAUGACUUCAAGUUGAUGUUGUCCAAUGCUUAUCUAUUCAACCCAGUGGGCACAGACCCCCACAAUGACGCCUUAAAGCUCGACGAUGCCUUCCAGAAAUUAUGGAAACAGACGGACGAUGUCGUAGAAAAGGACAAGGCGAAAGUCAAACCGCCACCACCACCUCCUGUUGUCAUGCCCACAGCCCCGACACCUGAUGUGGAUGUGGAUGAUGAGUUGAUGGAGGCAGCCAAUGUCCCUCCUGAGCAGGAAGGCGGGGACGAGGAUGCGCCAUUUGACGACGAUGUGGACGAAUUACUCCUGGGUUCGACAUCACAAUCUGCACCUCCACCUCAGAAAAUCAAGAUUAAACCUGUUCGGAGACCGGCACCCGACUUGGACGAUUUGGAUGCUGAACUAUACGAUGCGGCCGACGCGUCGGGUCCCUCCCAAACUACCAAGAAGGAGCCAUUCUCCCGAG